GGGACGAUGAAGUUUUGAAGAAGAAGGAGGAGGAAUGCCGCUUACACGUUCGUUCACCGCCGUUUGCCCAAACCAAAUGCGCUCUCUCUCUCCCUUUCUCUCUCUACUGUCACUCUAUUCUCUGUCUCUGUCACAAACUCUCUCUCUCUCUCUCUCUUCAUAAAACCCCUAUCUCUGGUUUUUUUCGUUUUCCAUUUUCCUUCUCUGAGCUCUUAUUAAUAACGCCAUAUAGAGUGAGUACUAUACUACUAGUAGUCCUUCACGCCAAUUGCCUGUUCACUGAGCAGCAGCCCACCCUCCAUUCUCUCUCUCUGCGCCCACACACAGUGACACUCUUCCUCCUCCAAACUUCGCUCCCAUUCUUCUUCGUCUCUUUCCCAACCAUGGUAGUAUUCCCCUGUUGACUCCACUCCACUCCACCUUCUUCUCGCCUCUGUUUUUCCCGAUUCCGGCACUCUUGUUUCGUGGGUCGGUGGAGGAAGAAAUGGACGGAAAUGGGUUCUUCAUCGAGCAGAAGAAGCUUCUCUCCCGGCGUUUUCUGGUGCUCGGAGUUUUCCUCUGUCUGGUUCUCUGCCCUCACGCUUCCUCGCUCAACGACGAAGGUAGAGCUCUGAUGGCGAUCAAGGGUUCAUUCAGCAACGUGGUGAAUAUUCUUUCCGACUGGGGCGAUGUCCACAACGAAGAUUUCUGUUCAUGGCGGGGAGUCUGGUGUGACAAUCUCACCAUGUCUGUUGCUUCUCUGAACCUCUCAAAUUUGAACUUGGGUGGUGAGAUUUCUCCUGCCAUUGGAGACUUGAGGAACUUGCAGUCUCUGGACCUUCAAGGAAACAAGCUAUCGGGUCAAAUCCCAGAUGAAAUCGGCAACUGUGGUUCCCUUUUUCAUCUGGAUCUCUCCGAUAACUUGCUCUAUGGAGAUAUUCCAUACUCCAUUUCCAAGCUGAAGGAGCUGGAAUACCUGAACUUGAAGAACAAUCAGCUCAUCGGUCCCAUCCCCUCGACUCUGACGCAGAUUCCCAACCUCAAAACAAUCGAUCUUGCUCGGAAUCAGCUAAGCGGCGAGAUACCCAGAUUAAUCUACUGGAAUGAAGUUCUGCAGUACCUUGGGUUGCGUAGUAAUUUUCUGACUGGAACGUUGUCCCCUGAUAUGUGCCAACUCACCGGCUUGUGGUACUUUGACGUGAGAGGCAACAAUCUUACAGGAACCAUCCCUGAUAGCAUUGGCAACUGCACAAGCUUUGAGAUACUGGACAUAUCAUACAACAUGAUCACAGGGGAGAUUCCUUACAAUGUUGGCUUCCUGCAAGUAGCUACUCUGUCACUGCAGGGGAACAGGCUUACUGGGAAGAUUCCCGAGGUCAUUGGUCUAAUGCAAGCUCUUGCUGUUCUUGAUUUGAGCGAGAACCAGCUAGUUGGAUCGAUACCACCGAUCCUAGGCAAUCUGACUUACACAGGCAAACUGUACCUCCAUGGGAACAAACUUACUGGACCAAUCCCCCCUGAACUUGGUAACAUGUCCAAGCUUAGUUACUUGCAACUCAAUGACAAUGAGUUCACUGGUGGCAUUCCCCCUGAGCUUGGCAAGCUGGAGCAGUUGUUUGAAUUGAAUCUUGCCAACAACAAGUUGGAAGGCCCCAUUCCUCACAACAUCAGUUACUGUACUGCAUUGAACAAGUUCAAUGUUUAUGGGAACCGCCUCAAUGGAACAAUCCCUCCAGGAUUCAGAAACUUGGGGAGCUUGACUUACCUGAACCUUUCACUGAACAACUUCAAAGGCAAAAUUCCUUUUGAGCUUGGACGCAUUGUCAACCUCGACACACUGGAUCUUUCUAGCAAUAGCUUUUCUGGGCCUAUACCAGCUUCUGUUGGAGAUCUGGAGCACCUUCUGAUAUUGAACUUAAGCAAGAACCACCUUGGUGGACCGUUGCCAGCUGAAUUCGGUAACCUUCGCAGCAUUUUAAUCAUUGAUGCUUCUUUCAACAAUGUCACUGGAACCAUUCCCAUCGAACUUGGUCAGCUGCAAAAUGUUGCUUCCUUGAUUCUAAACAACAACAGCCUGAAUGGACAAAUUCCUGAACAGCUUUCCAACUGUCUCAGCCUCACCAAUCUGAACUUUUCUUACAACAAUUUGUCAGGGAUCGUUCCUCUGCUUCGGAACUUUUCUCGAUUCCCAGCUAACAGCUAUGUGGGUAAUCCUUUGCUUUGUGGGAACUGGGUUGGCUCCAUAUGUGACCCUUACACUGUAAAGUCAAAAGCAAUAUUCACAAUGCCUGCAGUUGUCUGCAUAGUGCUGGGAGUCCUUGCUCUACUCUCCGUGGUCGCACUUGCUAUCUACAAAUCCAAGCAACAGAACCUGUUGGACGAUGCCACCAACAACUCAUUGCAAGGCCCUCCAAAGCUAGUGGUGCUUCACAUGGACAUGGCAUUCCACACCUUCGACGACAUACUGAGCUACACCGAGAACUUCAACGAGAAGUUCAUCAUUGGCUGUGGAGCUUCCGGCACAGUGUUCAAAUGCGUGCUGAAAAAUUCUCGACCCCUCGCAAUCAAGCGACUCUACAACCACAAGCACCCCUACAACCUUCGUGAGUUCCAAACCGAGCUCGAGACCAUCGGCAGCAUUCGUCACAGAAACAUCGUCUCUCUCCAUGCCUACGCAUUGUCACCUUCUGGCAACCUCCUCUUCUACGACUACAUGGAGAACGGCUCUCUCUACGACCUCCUCCAUGGCGUGUCCAAGAAGGUGAAGCUCGAUUGGGACACACGUAUCAAAAUCGCAGUUGGCACUGCUCAGGGACUCGCUUACCUUCACCACGACUGCAACCCCAGAAUCAUCCACAGGGACGUCAAGUCGUCGAACAUUCUUCUCGACGAGAACUUCGAAGCUCAUCUCGCAGAUUUCGGUGUGGCCAAAUGCAUCCCGACGGCGAAAUCUCAUGCAUCCACGUUGGUUCUGGGGACUAUCGGCUAUAUAGACCCUGCGUACGCCCGAACUUCUCGUUUGAACGAGAAGUCCGACGUCUACAGCUUUGGCAUUGUUCUACUGGAGCUUCUCACCGGGAAGAAGGCUGUGGAUAACGACUCCAACUUGCUUCAACUGAUCAUGUCGAAAGCUGACGACAACACGAUAAUGGAGGCUGUGGACUCGGAAGUUUCGGUGACGUGCAUGGAUGCGAACCAUUUGAGAAAGACUCUGCAGCUGGCUUUGCUGUGUACCAAGACGAACCCUUCUGAGAGGCCGGCGAUGCAUGAAGUUGUGAGGGUGCUGGUCUCGUUUCUGCCACGUCCGCCGAUGAAGGGUUGCUCGCUCUCGUCAAAGGGUAUCGACUACUCGAAGUUCGUCGUGGAGAAAGAGGAGAAGCCACUUGGUGGAUGUGAGUCUGUUCAACAACAGCAGCAGCAGUUGCAGCAAGAGAACAACAACUCUUCUGAUGGUCAGUGGUUUGUUAGGUUCAGAGAAGCUAUAUCUAAGAACACGUUUUAGGUAGUUUAUCUACAGUUUAUAACCAAACUAGGGAGGAGAAAGUAAGUGAGAAGAUCCCAAAUUUUGGCUUUUGGAAAGGUAUGAUGGUGAUUCAUGGGUUCUGUACCUCGAUCCUGGGUUUUAAGGCUGGGAACCAGCCUCGGGUAUUGGUUUUUGUAUAACUGGUUUGGUUUUGGUAGGUUUAAUUAUCGUAUACAGGCAGUUGUAGAAACUUGCUAAAAGCUUGCUGACAUUUACACUUGGUAUUAACUUAUGCACAGAAUGGCCACCUGCUUACAUUGAAGUAAUUACAUGAUUGCCUAGUUAUUUUUCUCUGUUUGUGUUGAAAGUCUAAAUUGUUGCGAAAUAGAUCACUACCAUUGUUACAUCUUAAAGCUACUGAUGGAUUCAAGUCAUUUCAGGACCCACGCACUUGAUGAACUAGAUAAUAAACAGCAGGAGGGCCCCCUGAAAUCCUGAACUAUAUACUGAUACUAGAUAGCAGGAGAGCCCCCUGACGUCCUUUUGCCGAUGGAGCUAAUCGGUUGUUAUUGUGUUAGUGAAUUGGCAUACUCCUAUGUCAGGGAAAAGCAACGAAAGUAUUCUAAUGUUAGGAGAGGGUUAGAAGAAUCCAGUUAGAGGUGAUCAAAAUUUUCGUGCAUGAACCGAAGUGGGCUAACCUGUUAUUGUUCAUGUGGCAUCCAAGGGAAGAAGAUAUGGUCUUUUCAUUUCCACAAUGGUGAAGAAUCACAGGUCCAGGCCAAUGCGGUUUCAUCUAGUUCAGCCAGCGGAGAUUUCAUGAGAGUGAUGGCCAAUGCAGAAGCAAGGAUUAUUUGUAGGUGAAAGUCACCGACCAUGGGAAGCUAGUGUACCUCUUUCUCUUGAUUCGAGUCUCUCCGUGUGUUCUCUUUCGAGAACUUUGAUGCAGAAAACAGGCAAGUAUACAAUAGUUAGCUUAUAUAGGACAUAUAUGAUAUAUACAUUCUGAAAUUGGAUGAAGGGUUUGAGAGGAAAACCUCAGGAUGAGGAUGUACUUUUGUCUGAUGUCUAGUUGCAGAAUGAGGUUGAGACGCUAGGGAGAGCUGGUAUAAGCAUCAAGAGUGGAACAGUGAAGUAAGUCCAAAGUGUUCCACCUUUUUCACAUGAAAUGAACCCUAAGAAGAAUCUGAGGGGAGUGAACCUG